CGACACCAUCCGCUACUUUGAGGUUGGUGCGGAGCUCGACGCCAAGCUGUGGACCAAGAACACGCGGCUCGCCCUCUUCCGCGCCGUGGACGUGCUCCUCAACUGCGCGAUGAAGGACGGACUCAACCUGCUCCCGUUCGAGUACAUCCACACCAAGCACUCGCAGCAGGCCUCGGGCGUCGUCGUCCUCUCCGAGUUCGUCGGCUGUGCGCACGUCCUCAACGGCUGCGUCCGCAUCAACCCCUUCAACCUCGAGCACGUCGUCGAGCAGCUCGACGCCGCGCUCUCGAUGCCGCCCUCGGAGCGCGCCGCGCGCCUCUCCAAGGACCACAGCUUCGUCGCCUCCCACACCACCCGCACCUGGCUUCACGUGGCCGUGCAAGACAUGCGGCGCACCGCCGCCCUGCACGCGAGCGGCGAGGCCUCCUCCUCCCGCCCCACCCUCGCCCUCUGCUCCUUCGGCUCCGAGAUGCGGGCGGGCCAGCAGCUGCCGCCUCUCAACGUCGAGGCGCUCGCCCGCGCCUACGUCCAGUCGACGCGGCGGCUCAUCCUCCUCGGCCUCGACGGCACGCUCAUCCAGCAGGAGAAGGUGAUGCACCACCGAAAGAUGUUCCACGACUUCUCCGACCACUCGCUGCCGCCGCCGCCCGCCGCGCUGCACUGCCUCGCCGCGCUCGCCUCGGACCCGUGCAACCAGGUCUACGUCAUCUCUGGCCGCUCGGCCUCCGACCUGGAGGCGUGUCUCGGCAACGUCGACGGGCUCGGGCUCGGCGCCGAACUCGGCUUCAUGCAGAUGCGGCCGCGCUCCGGCAAGUGGCUCAAGCGCGAGCUGUCGCCGGCGCAGGAGCGGUGGAAGGACACGGCGAGGCCGAUCUUCGAGCGCUUCACGCUGCGCACCAACGGCGUCUACAUGAGCUGGCAGGAGUCGGCCGCGAUCUGGUGCUACCACAACGCCGACCCGGACUACGGCCGCUUCCAGGCGCGGCAGCUGACGGUCGCUCUCAAGGAGCAGCUCAAGGGGACUGGCGUCUCGGUGCUGCACUCGCUCAGCAAGUGCCAGGUCGAGGUGCGCAUCGGCGCCAUCAACAAGGGCGUGUUUGCCGACGCGGCGCUCACCGAGGCCCACGCCGGCGGGCCCGUCGACUUCGUGCUCGCGAUUGGCGACGACGACGACGACGAGUACAUGCUCUCUGCGGUGACGGCGCGCGCGAGCGGGCCCGCGAUGCUCGAGCGGCUCCGCGGGCGCCUCUUCACGGUUGCGGUCGGCAGCAAGGACUACUCGCACGCGCGCUUUGUCUGCGAGAGCUCGCGCACCGUCCUGCAGCUCAUGCAGACGCUGCGCGACGGCAGAGACGCCUCCUUCCGGUCAUAGCACGCGGGCGGGCGCCAACACUUCAUGCACCACUUGAGAGAGGGACUGGGAGAGGAUCGAGAGGCGGAUUGGGGCGCGGGUCGGGCAGCCUAAAGCCGGAGCCUAGAGGUGGAGCGCGGGAGGCUCGUGGAGAGGGUGUGUCUCGACAAACCGUCUCUCGGGGAUUUAAUGAUAAUAUGAUAUGUCUGUUAACC